AUGAAACCCAUUCUAAAAGUAAUCAAGGUGGAAGGGAGCAAAACUGCGGCACAUCAUAACUUGACGAUAACCAUAGAACUACUACAGAACAAGGCCCUUGUCAUACAUACGUCAAGCUUACAGCCUCGAAAGGCAGAUCUGGAAAACCAUAUAAUUCAAGGUGUAAAUGUAGCUUGUCCGAUGCCACCAAUUUGUGAUACGGCCCCGUCCGUGAUGCGGCAAAGGCCAGUGAGAGGGCGGGUGGAAGUAGGAGGAAAGAGGAAGAUAAUGGUGAUCGCGGCAGUGGUAGUGCCUGUCAAUGUGCGUCGGAGCAACUCUAGUCUCUUUGAGGAAUGCAUAGGAAAAUCAGUAGAAGGAAGCGCACAGGGAACAAGGACUAGCAAGUUAUUUGUGGGACUGAUAUCGAUAAUGGUGAUGACGAGAGUACAACAAGGCCAUUUCACAAUACGAACUGGAAAGACGCUUUCCAAGGGUGAACAACUGCAAGAGGACGGACCAUCAGGAUGA